ACGGGGUUUCGCCAUGUUGCCCAAGCUGGUCUCAAACUCCUGACCUCAAGUGAUCCGCCCGCCUUGGCCUCCCGGAGUGCGGGGAUCGCAGGCGUGAGCCACUGUGCCCGGCCACAAUGUGCACUUUGGAUGAGGUGGGAGGUAUGGGAGGCUUCUGAGGUGAGGAGGGUGUGAGCUGAUUCAGAUCUCAAGACCUUCUGACUGCGAUGUGGAGAAUGGACUGCAAGGGGCGAUGGUGGAAGCCGGGAGCCCAGUGAGGACACCACUGCCCUAGUUCAGGACCUCUUCAAUUAUACCACCCCUGAUUAUGAGCACUAUGAUGAUGAUAUGCUGGACGCCAACACCCCUGUGGAUAAAACUUCUAACACGCUGCGUGUUCCAGACAUCCUGGCCUUGGUCAUCUUUGCAGUCGUCUUCCUGGUGGGGGUGCUGGGCAAUGCCCUGGUGGUCUGGGUGACUGCAUUCGAGGCCAAGCGGACCAUCAAUGCCAUCUGGUUCCUCAACUUGGCAGUAGCCGACUUCCUCUCCUGCCUGGCGCUGCCCAUCUUGUUCACAUCCAUUGUACAGCAUCACCACUGGCCCUUUGGCGGGGCCGCCUGCCGCAUUCUGCCCUCCCUCAUCCUGCUCAACAUGUACGCCAGCAUCCUGCUCCUGGCCACCAUCAGCGCCGACCGCUUUCUGCUGGUGUUUAACCCCAUCUGGUGCCAGAACUUCCGAGGGGCCGGCUUGGCCUGGAUCGCCUGUGCCGUGGCUUGGGGUUUAGCCCUGCUGCUGACCAUACCCUCCUUCCUGUACCGGGUGGUCCGGGAGGAGUACUUUCCACCAAAGGUGUUGUGUGGUGUGGACCACGGCCACGACAAACGGCGGGAGCGAGCCGUGGCCAUCGCCCGGCUGGUCCUGGGCUUCGUGUGGCCUCUACUCACCCUCAUGAUGUGUUACACCUUCCUCCUGCUCCGGACGUGGAGCCGCAGGGCCACACGGUCCACCAAGACACUCAAGGUGGUGGUGGCAGUGGUGGCCAGUUUCUUUAUCUUCUGGUUGCCCUACCAGGUGACGGGGAUGAUGAUGUCCUUCCUGGAGCCAUCGUCACCCACAUUCCUGCUACUGAAGAAGCUGGACUCCCUGUGUAUUUCCUUUGCCUACAUCAACUGCUGCAUCAACCCCAUCAUCUACGUGGUGGCCGGCCAGGGCUUCCAGGGCCGACUGCGGAAAUCCCUCCCCAGCCUCCUCCGGAACGUGUUGACUGAAGAGUCCAUGGUCAGGGAGAGCAAGUCAUUCACGCGCUCCACAGUGGACACUACGGCCGAGAAGACCCAGGCAGUGUAGGCAACAGCCUCAUGGGCCACUGUGGCCCGAUGUCCCCUUCCUUCCCGGCCACUCUCCUUCCUCUUGUUUUCACUCCACUUUUCGUGGGAUGGUGUUACCUUAGCUAACUAACUCUCCUCCAUGUUGCCUGUCUUUCCCAGACUUGUCCCUCCUUUUCCAGCGGACCUCUUCUCAUCCUUCCUCAUUUGCAAGGUGAACAUUUCCUUCUAGGGAGCACCCCCCCAGCACAUCGUCUUUCCAUCCCAGGCUUUUGAAAAACAAACAGAAACCCAUGUAUCUGGAGUAUUUCCAUAUGGCAAUAGGUGUGGACAGGGAACACAGAAUACAGACAAAUAGAAAGAUUGUUGCUUAAAAAAAAUGUAUUUAUUUUAUGGCGAGUUGGAAAAAAUGUAACUGGAAUCUCAAAAGUUCUUUGAGACAAAACAGAAGUCCAUGGAGUUAUCUAAGCUCUUGUAAGUGAGUUGAUUUGAAAAAGAAAAUUAGGCUGGGUGCGGUGACUCACGCCUGUAAUCCCAGAAUUUUGGGAGGCUGAGGUGGGUGGAUCACCUGAGGUCAGGAGUUCCAGACCAGCUUGGCCAGCAUGGUGAAACCCCGUCUGUACUAAAAAUACAAAAAAUUAACUGGGCAUGGUAGUGGGUGCCUGUAAUCCCAGCUACUUGGGAGGCUGAGGUGGGAGAAUUGCUCGAACCUUGGAGGUGGAGGUUGUGGUGAGCCACGAUUGCACCACUCACUCUAGCCUGGGUGACAGAGGGAGACUCUGUCUCAAAAGCAAAAGCAAAAACAAAAACAAAAACACCUAAAAACCCUGCAGUUUUGUUUUUACUUUGUUUUUAAAUUAUACUUUCUAUUUUGAGAUCACUGCAAGUUCAACACAAUUAUAAGUAAUGAUACAGAGGGAUCUUGUGUACCCUUCACCCAGCCUCCCCCAAUGGCAACAUUUUGCAAAACUACAAUGUAGUCUCAUAACCAGGAUAUUGACAUUGAUACAGUGAAGAUACAGGACAUUCUCAUCACCACAAGGAUCCCCAGGAUGCCCACUUCCCUCCACCCCCACACCCCAGCCUUUUCCCUAACCCCUGGCAACCAGGAAUCCACUCUCCAUUUCUCCAUUUCUAUAAUGUUGUCAUUUCAAGAAUGUUAUUCAAUGGAAUCAUAUGGUAUGUAACCCGUUUUGAGCUUUAAAAAAAAACAGUAUGCAUGACUUUAAUGAUAAAAAUAAAAAUAGUGA